AUGCGGCACAUGCAAAGGCGCGAACAGGAGAGUUUCAGACAUUUGGGCGGGGUGGCGGUCGUGGGCGCCUUGGCGGGAGGCGUCACGCUGGGGAUCGUAGGGGCACCCAUCGUCGGCGCCUUGGCGGGCGCCGUUGGCCUGGGCUACGGCGCGGCCUUCAAGGACGCGGCCAGCGGCGGGGCCCUCGCGGACGUGGCCGCGAAGGGCCGGGAGGCGCGCGGCGCGCCCGCGGCGGAUGGCUACAGGUUCGGCGACCUCACCCGCGGCUUCGUGGCCUGCGGCAAGGAGGCCCGCGGCGCCGGCGCCGGCGACGCGUGCGCGCUCGGCGACUUCACGCGCGGCCUCUCCGCGAGGCUGGGCGGCAGGGCGCGCUCCGCCGUGGCCGAGCCGGCGCGGGGGGCCGCGGCCUGA